AUGAAAAUUGCUGCCCUUUUCGUUUGUCUUGGUGAAAUCUUGGCAAGUCAAGUUCACCAAGGAAAAAUAUGUGGAGAGCAAACAAACUUUGCCUUGGGUGGCCAAAGCCAAAUACUAAAGAGUCCGUUCUAUCCGACACCUUUCCCUGGACAGAUCCAAUGUGUGUGGAACAUAAAAGCGCUCAAUCCUUCAAUGAGAGUGAAGAUCGAGUUUCAAGACUGGAUUAUCCCGACCUCAGGAAAGGGGUGCGACCAGACUUAUCUCCAAGUCACGGAUGGCGGUUCGGGAGUGGACCCGGCCACCGGCAUGGCCGCAGCCACUGGCUUCGUCAAAUUAUGCGGACGAAACCCAGGCUUUAUCGUCACGCACAAUAACGAGGUCUCUCUGCUUUUACAUGGGGACAGUAGCGGAGGUGCAGGCCCUUCGGCGCUUUCAUUGCCGCCUGUUCAGAGAUUCAGGUUGGUAAUUUCAACGACCCAGGAUCGUCCCAGAAUGCUGGACUACAAAGGUCAUUCCGUCACAAAUGGCCGUCCUAAGUCACUGGAUGCUCCGGCGCCGGCUCGUGCAACUGCGCCGCCGCGAAUGAUGAUGCCAAGAACAAAUUUAGCUCCUAGACCAAGAAUGCCUCCUUACGGACAUCCUGCUCAGAUUCCCAGCCAUCCAGGUGCUCAUCCUCCUAGACUUCACGCCGAGUUUCAAGGAGCAAUUCAUGGAGGCUCUUCAAAUGCCUGGCCAACACAAGCUACUGUCACAACUUCUCAAAUUGACAACGACUCCAAGUCGAGCAAAAAAGUCGCAACGCAAGUGGGUAACGUAGGAAUCAUUCUGCUUGUUCUUGCAGUUUUACUCUUUGCCGUCCUGGGAAUCGUCUACUUCCGCAAAAAGCGCACAAAAGACGAAGAAAAGGAAGAAGAAAAACCUGAGCAAAAAUAG